AUGUAUGCUCUAUUUGAAAAAAUUGAUGAUAAAAGUACGCCAAAUAAAAAACGUGUUACAGUUACUCGCUUUCAAAUUCCAUCAGAUACUAGUCCAUCUCGAACAUCAAUUCAUCGACCAUCACCUAAUACUGAUGAAAUGAAGAAAUCGAAUUACACUAUCGAAUAUUCCUAUAAUGAUAAUGAAACAAAAGUUGUUGGUGAACAUAUUCUUUUUAUUUAUUUUGAUCAUCAAUCUUCAUCAAAUCAUGAUUUUAUUGGUCCACUUCGAGCAAUCAAUGAUUAUAUUCAAAUAUAUAUAGAUUCUGUAGCUUGUUUAAAUUUUUUAAAAUAUUCAAGUGAAACAAUAUUUUUCAUUUCUUCAACAAAUGAUAAACAAUUGAUUAAAGAUGUUCAUGAUUGUGAUUCUGUUGAAGCCAUAUUUAUAUUAAAUUCAAAUUUAAAAAUAGACAAAAAUAGAUUUCCAAAAUUAUUUGGUGUAUAUGUACAUCCAGAAGAGCUUCUCAAAUCUAUAAGAUUUGCACAUGAAUGGUUUGAACAAACACAAAUGAAUUUCUUUUCAUUUGAAUAUGAGAAAAUAUUUCUCUGGUCACAAUUAUGGAAAGAAGAAUUUAUAAAAUCAACAAAUUCCAAUGUCUCAUCGGAUAAAGAAAAACUUGUUAAAUUGGCUGAAAAAUAUUACAAAGGAAAUACAAAAUUAUUAGAUUCUAUCGAUAAUUUUGAUUGUGGUUAUGAUAGAAAUGAUGCAUUACAAUGGUGUUUUUCAUCUCCAUUUCCAUCACGUUUUCUUCAUCAUGCACUUAGUACACGUAAUACAAAAUAUAUCGAUCUUUGCCGUUUUCUUAUCAUUGAUGUAUCUCAUGUUUUAAAAAAAUCAAAUGAACUUAAAUCAAAUAAUCAAAUUUUUAAAGGUAUAAAAAUGACAGAUGAACUUCUUGAAAAAUUGAUCAAUCAUACGGGCAAACUUAUAUGUCCAAAAGGAUUUUUUACUUGUACUACAUCAAGAGUAGCAGCUUUAGAACUUGCUCGAUCACCAGAUUAUCGUCCGGAUCUUAAACCUGUUUUAUUUAAAGUUUAUUAUGAUUCAUCAGUUCCUAUUGGUGAAUUACCUGGAAAAGAUAUGUCGACAUUGGUCAUAUUCGAUGUUUAUACUGCUUUUCGAGUGAAAUGGGUUAGUUGUGGUCCAGUAACAAUCGUAGAUUUAGAACCUGCAGAUGAAGAUGGACGAAAUCUAGCACAAGAAUACAAAAAAAAAUUUAAAUCACCGAACAUACAAGAUUUACUUGAUAAACUUUUAGUUGUUCCAAAGCCUCCUCCACGAUUACCACCAAUUAAACGAGCAUCAACACCCCCAACAAAUCACGCAUCUAAAAUAUCACCAAAGAAAGUUAGUCCACGAGAACCUGACAAAGACGAGAUACAAGCUGAAAAGAUGGUACAACGUGGUCAAGUUGAUCAAGCCAUAAUUUUAUAUAAAAAUACAAAAAAUCAAUCUCCUCGUGUUCUGAAUAACAUUGCUCAAUUAUAUGCUGAGAAAAAAGGAGAUUAUGAAUUGGCAGCAAGGUUUCAUAAUCAAGCUCUGAGAAUUCAAGAAGAGAAAGGAGAAGAUAUUACCGACACAUUAACUCAAAUUGCAAUUGCACAUCAUAAUCGUCAAGAUUAUGGCAAAGCUUUACAUUAUCAUGCUCAGGCAUUGAAGUCACGAAAAAAUACCAAUGAAACUAAUCCAGUAUCAAUUGCCAACAAUCUGAUUGGAAUGGCUAAUGCUCAUUGGGGACAAGAAAAUUUACCGGAAGCAUUGAGCCGUGCGCAAGAAGCCUUAAAAUUGAAUGAAUCUAUUGAACAUGGUAAUGAUUUGAAUUUAGCUUUGAAUUUAGCCGUACUAGCUAAUAUAUACCAUAAAGGUGGUUAUGAUGCCAAAGCUCUGGAAUUUGCUCGACGAGCAAUGGCUAUUCUCGAACGUUAUGAUAGGCCAGAUUCACUUGCCUUAGCAUCAGUACUCAACAAUUUAGCAACAAUUCAAGUAGCAUUAAGAUCAAUCCCGGAUGCUCAAACUAAUCUUAAUAGAGCAUUGAAAAUUUGUAAAACAAUUCUUCCUGAAGGACAUCCAAAACGUGUUACAAUGGAAAACAAUUUUAAGCGGCUGAAUGCAAUAAUAAAAGCCACUAAAAAUGCAAAUAACAAUAGACCUAAAAAAUCUUGA